CCGGCGUGAGGGUGGGGGUGGUCUGUUGGAAGUUGCGGUGGAGCUGGGACCGGAGCCCCGCGGCCCCGGCGCAGCGAUGGGGCUGGUCUGAGCUCAGCCUCUCCCCCUGCCCGAGACCAGCCGAGACUGGAUACAUUUUUAAAAAGCCAAACUGCAAACAACUCUGGCGAUGCCAAAAUUCUCCUCCAAGUGACACGGCUUUGCGAAGGAGGUUUCCUCGGGCUGGGCUCUUUCUCUUAUUCGCUCUGCUUUCCUCAGCGACGAUUAAAAGCUUUGCUCUGGCAAUAGAAAUUGAGAAUAAAAGAAAAAGCUGCGCUCAACUAUCCCUCGUGACCUCAAACUCUUUGGACUGGUUAAAAAAAAAACUGAAAGAAAAUCCAUCCUAAAAGAGAAUCAGCAUAGGAGGAGAUGGAAGUUUUCCCUUUGCUGUUGGUUUUGUCCGUCUGGUGGUCUCGAACCUGGGACUCGGCGAAUGCGGAUUCGAUCAUUCACAUCGGAGCAAUUUUUGAUGAAUCUGCCAAAAAGGAUGAUGAGGUGUUUCGCACAGCAGUUGGCGACCUCAACCAAAACGAGGAGAUCUUACAGACUGAGAAAAUCACGUUCUCGGUGACAUUUGUUGAUGGCAACAACCCUUUUCAAGCAGUUCAAGAAGCCUGUGAACUGAUGAAUCAGGGCAUCUUGGCCCUGGUCAGCUCCAUUGGCUGCACGUCAGCCGGGUCCCUCCAGUCUUUGGCAGAUGCCAUGCAUAUCCCCCACCUCUUCAUUCAGCGCUCAACGGCUGGGACCCCAAGGAGUGGCUGUGGACUCACCCGGAGCAACAGGAAUGAUGAUUACACUCUCUCUGUUCGCCCGCCUGUCUACUUAAAUGACGUUAUCCUGAGAGUGGUCACAGAAUAUGCCUGGCAGAAAUUCAUUAUAUUCUAUGAUAGUGAAUAUGAUAUCCGUGGAAUACAGGAGUUUUUGGACAAAGUAUCUCAGCAGGGGAUGGAUGUUGCACUUCAGAAGGUAGAAAAUAACAUCAAUAAAAUGAUCACCACUCUCUUCGAUACCAUGAGAAUAGAGGAAUUGAAUCGCUAUCGAGACACUCUCAGGCGAGCCAUCCUUGUUAUGAAUCCUGCCACAGCCAAAUCCUUCAUUACUGAGGUUGUGGAGACUAAUUUGGUUGCUUUUGACUGUCACUGGAUCAUUAUAAACGAGGAAAUAAACGAUGUGGACGUACAGGAACUUGUAAGAAGGUCAAUUGGAAGGUUAACGAUCAUUCGGCAGACAUUUCCAGUCCCCCAGAAUAUAAGUCAGCGAUGUUUCCGUGGCAACCACCGAAUAUCUUCAACAUUGUGUGAUCCAAAGGAUCCAUUUGCUCAGAAUAUGGAGAUUUCAAACCUUUACAUAUAUGACACGGUGCUUCUGCUUGCUAACGCUUUUCAUAAGAAGCUGGAGGACCGCAAGUGGCACAGCAUGGCCAGUCUGUCGUGUAUCAGAAAGAGCUCCAAGCCCUGGCAGGGAGGGCGUUCCAUGCUGGAGACCAUCAGGAAGGGUGGAGUUAGUGGGUUGACUGGAGAGCUAGAAUUUGGAGAAAAUGGAGGCAAUCCCAACGUCCACUUUGAAAUUCUUGGAACCAACUAUGGAGAAGAGCUUGGCCGAGGUGUUCGCAAACUUGGAUGCUGGAAUCCUGUCACAGGGCUGAAUGGGUCACUGACUGACAAGAAACUGGAGAAUAACAUGCGUGGAGUGGUUCUCCGUGUGGUGACUGUUCUGGAGGAACCUUUUGUCAUGGUCUCUGAAAAUGUCCUGGGUAAGCCGAAGAAAUACCAGGGCUUCUCCAUUGAUGUUUUGGAUGCCUUAUCUAACUACCUGGGUUUUAACUAUGAAAUUUAUGUUGCACCGGAUCACAAGUACGGAAGCCCACAAGAAGAUGGGACAUGGAAUGGCUUGGUAGGAGAACUAGUCUUUAAGAGAGCUGAUAUAGGGAUUUCUGCUUUAACCAUCACCCCAGAUCGCGAGAAUGUGGUGGACUUUACAACACGUUACAUGGACUACUCAGUGGGAGUACUACUUCGAAGGGCUGAAAAGACAGUGGAUAUGUUUGCCUGCCUGGCACCGUUUGAUCUCUCUCUAUGGGCUUGCAUUGCUGGCACAGUCCUUCUGGUGGGUCUGCUGGUCUACCUCCUGAAUUGGCUUAAUCCCCCACGAUUACAAAUGGGAUCAAUGACUUCUACUACUCUCUACAACUCCAUGUGGUUUGUGUAUGGAUCCUUUGUACAGCAAGGUGGGGAGGUCCCAUACACGACUCUGGCUACCCGUAUGAUGAUGGGGGCUUGGUGGCUAUUUGCUUUGAUUGUCAUCUCAUCUUACACAGCAAAUCUUGCUGCGUUCCUCACUGUCACCCGUAUUGAAAGCUCCAUCCAGUCUCUCCAGGACCUUUCCAAGCAAACGGACAUCCCUUACGGCACGGUCUUGGACUCUGCGGUAUAUGAGCAUGUCCGCAUGAAGGGAAUGAACCCUUUUGAGAGGGACAGCAUGUAUUCCCAAAUGUGGCGGAUGAUCAACCGAAGCAAUGGAUCAGAGAAUAAUGUUCUGGAGUCCCAAGCAGGCAUUCAAAAGGUAAAAUUUGGAAAUUAUGCUUUUGUAUGGGAUGCAGCUGUAUUGGAAUAUGUGGCUAUCAAUGACCCAGAUUGUUCCUUUUACACCAUUGGGAAUACUGUUGCUGAUCGGGGAUAUGGAAUUGCAUUGCAACAUGGCAGUCCUUACCGGGAUGUUUUUUCACAAAGGAUCCUGGAGCUUCAGCAGAAUGGUGACAUGGACAUCCUGAGGCACAAAUGGUGGCCGAAGAACGGCCAGUGUGACCUGUACUCCUCAGUGGACACAAAGCAGAAAGGAGGUGCCCUGGACAUAAAGAGCUUUGCAGGGGUCUUUUGUAUCCUGGCUGCUGGAAUUGUCCUCUCCUGCUUUAUAGCCAUGCUGGAGACGUGGUGGAACAAGAGGAAAGGCUCCCGGGUCCCAUCAAAAGAGGAUGACAAGGAAAUUGACCUGGAGCACCUCCAUAGACGUGUAAAUAGCUUGUGCACAGAUGACGACAGCCCCCAUAAACAGUUUUCCACCUCGUCAAUUGACUUGACCCCUCUGGACAUUGACACUUUGCCAACACGACAAGCACUGGAGCAAAUCAGUGAUUUCAGGAACACUCAUAUCACCACAACCACCUUUAUCCCAGAGCAGAUCCAGACGCUUAGCCGCACACUAUCAGCUAAAGCUGCCUCUGGUUUCGCUUUUGGCAACGUGCCUGAGCACCGAACUGGCCCUUUUAGGCACAGGGCACCUAAUGGGGGCUUUUUCAGGAGUCCUAUAAAAACAAUGUCAUCUAUUCCUUAUCAACCAACUCCUACCCUGGGGCUCAAUCUGGGUAAUGAUCCAGACCGAGGCACCUCCAUAUGAGCAUCCAACAAAAUCUCUCCACUGUUUCUUUUGUAGGACUCCCUUUGCAAGGAGCAACUGAAUAUCGUGGGACUAACAUGGAUGUAACAUUUUUUUUAAAAGAUCAGGAUUAUUAGUAACAAUUUCAGUUCUUUCUCCCAUCCUUCUUCCUCUUCUCUCUCCUCUAUUUCUUUCUCUCUCCCUUUCCGUCUCUUUCCGUACAUUUUCCUCCACUUUUUUCAUUACUCAACUUGUUCCCCCAGAAUAUAGUAUGCUAGGAUCCUAUUAGUCUGCUUUUCAUAUACUGUACUUCAAGUAUAGGAAAUGUGCACUGAGUACCCUAAAGGUAUAUGCAGGAUUAAUUUUACAUGAAGGCGUCUUAUGUAACAUUUCUCUAUUUUUAAAAAUAUAAUUGCAAUAACUUCAGUCUUUUUACAUUCUUCUGCUGCAUCCAUACAACGCUCCACUGCUGUUGAGUGUCCUUUAACUGUGGACCAAAGGCAACCCCUGCAGUGUUUAUAAAAUAAUUUAAAGACCAUUCAGGCCACAUAAUAUGAGAAUGCAAUUUUGCAGGAUUACAAAAAAGCCAUUAAUAUGCCAGUCAAGACUACAGUUAAAACUACUCUCGCACUGCAACAGUGCAUAUGACCUUUAUGUGAUUGUACAGUAUUAAAGUUUUUUCUUAUGUACAGUAAACUUGAUCAUAUGGCAGAAGCCUC